AUGAAGUCUUUCACCCUCCUGACAGCCUCGGCGCUGUUGGGCAGUGCUGCCGCUGAGGUGCACAAGCUCAAGCUCAACAAGGUCCCUCUGUCCGAGCAACUGAACACACACAACAUCGAUGCUCACAUGCACAACCUGGGUCAGAAGUACAUGGGAAUUCGCCCCGAGAAGCACCAGGAUCUCCUCCAUGACACUUCCAUCAACCCUGCCAGUGGCCAUGACGUGCUGGUGGACAACUUCCUGAACGCCCAAUACUUCUCCGAGAUCCAGCUCGGUACCCCUCCUCAGACCUUCAAGGUUGUCCUGGACACCGGUAGCUCCAACCUGUGGGUCCCAUCCCAGUCGUGCAGCUCCAUUGCCUGCUUCCUUCACUCCAAAUAUGACUCGUCUUCCUCGAGCACAUACGAGAAGAACGGCACUGAGUUCGAGAUCCGCUACGGAUCCGGCAGCCUGAGCGGCUUCGUGUCCCAAGACACUCUCCAGAUUGGUGACAUCAAGGUCGAAGGCCAGGACUUCGCCGAGGCCACUAACGAGCCUGGUCUGGCCUUUGCCUUCGGUCGCUUUGACGGUAUUCUUGGCCUUGGCUACGACACCAUCUCCGUCAACAAGAUGGUCCCUCCCUUCUACAACAUGAUCAACCAGAAGUCUGUUGACGAGCCCGUGUUUGCUUUCUACUUGGGUGAUGCCAACAAGGAAGGUGACAACUCCGAGGCUACCUUCGGUGGUAUCGACAAGGACCACUACACUGGAGAGCUGAUCAAGAUUCCCCUCCGCCGCAAGGCCUACUGGGAGGUCGACCUUGACUCCAUUGCUCUUGGUGACAACGUUGCUGAGCUCGAGAACACCGGUGUCAUCCUGGACACUGGUACCUCUCUGAUUGCUCUGCCCAGCACCAUGGCUGAGCUUCUGAACAAGGAGAUUGGCGCCACUAAGAGCUGGAACGGCCAGUACACCGUUGACUGCGCUAAGCGUGACUCUCUGCCCGACCUCACCUUCACUCUGGCUGGUCACCCCUUCAAGAUCAGCGCUUACGACUACAUCUUGGAGGUUCAGGGCUCCUGCAUCAGCAGCUUCAUGGGUAUGGACUUCCCCGAGCCCGUUGGCCCCCUGGCCAUCCUCGGUGACUCUUUCCUGCGCCGCUGGUACAGUGUCUACGACGUUGGCAACAACGCCGUCGGCUUGGCCAAGGCCAAAUAA